UUGCUUCUCAUUUUCUCCGCCAGUCUUUUCUUUCUAUUUUGUCGCUCUCUCAAACGCUCUCGGUUCUGCCGGCGCUUCCAGAAACCCUCGUUCUCUCCACCGCCGCCACUCCUUCAAUAUUCCCAGGCUCCGUUCCACACUGUAUUGAGGAUCUCUGUUUUCCAUUGAAAACUUUUCGCAACCUUGAAGUUCUUCUCAACAUACAUCGAUAUCUCUUAUAAUGGAUCGUCAGGACACAGCAGGCUUCGUGAGCGGUGGCUCCUUUAUAUGAGGAAUCUUUGGAUUGACUAUCGAUUAUUAGAUUUGGAAGCGCAGAUCUUAGAAGCCGGAAUUCAAAGAUCUGAUUCUUUCUAUUCUUUACCUGUUCAUAAAUUACUUCCCUUUUCCGCUCUAUUGUAUGGAUUGGAGCCAUGAUCAUACAGCUAAUUCAGUACAUGCCUCGAAAGAUCGUGGAAACGCUCUCGAUUAUGGUGCUCUUUCUUCUCUAGAUCUUCAUUCACCUGGCGUAUCGAGCUCUUACAGUUCCGGGCAAAACAAGAAGAAACAUGGUGCUGCAGACCAUCCCAUUAGCUUUAAAGACGUGUCUUCUAUGGUUCUUGGCGUCGCCCCUUCAUCGAGCUCAUGUACUAGCACAUGCUUGAAGACGAUAAUCGAAGACGAAUCUUCCUUGGAUCUUGGUCUAAGCAUCAACCUCAAUCCGAGCGGCAAUCGAUUUUCGACCCCAAAGAAUGUUUCGGGAUGUCUCGACCUUCAAUUAAGCCUAUCCACAGGACCUAUGGAAUCCGAUACGACAACUCUCACUGCCCAGGAGUUCAGAAUCAGUCAGAAUCACUCCGAGCUACCGGCUUUUGCUACCGCCGUUCAACUAGUCGAUGAAGGGUCGACAUCGUCACGGUGGAAAGCUGGCCCGCUUAUAACACCCCUAAUGGGUCGAGAAAUUCCCGCCGUUCCACAUCAAGAUGUUGAUGUCGUCGGGAAACCGAAACGGAGACUCAGCGUGAAGCCAUGCAUGUUCGAAGGAUGCACCAGGGGCGCUAGAGGUGCUUCGGGUCUCUGUAUAGCACAUGGAGGUGGUCGGAGGUGUCAGAAAGCCGGCUGUCAGAGGGGAGCCGAGGGCAAAACAGUCUUUUGUAAGGCACACGGCGGCGGCCGUCGUUGUCAGUAUCUCGGCUGCACGAAAAGCGCCGAAGGCCGCACUGAUUACUGCAUAGGUCACGGCGGCGGGAAGAGGUGCACCCACGACGGAUGCUCUCGAGCGGCGAGAGGCAAGUCGGGUCUCUGCAUUCGUCACGGCGGCGGGAAACGUUGCAAGAUCGGAAACUGCAUUAGAAGCGCCGAGGGCGUCUCCGGCCUCUGCAUCUCCCACGGAGGCGGCCGCCGCUGCCAAUUCCCGGAAUGCGGUAAAGGCGCGCAAGGCAGCACGAUGUUCUGCAAGGCCCACGGUGGCGGGAGACGGUGCACGUUUUUGGGGUGUACGAAAGGCGCGGAAGGGAGCACCCCGUUCUGCAAGGGCCACGGUGGCGGGAAACGGUGCACGGCCAACGGGUGCACCAAGAGCGUGCACGGCGGAACGCUAUUCUGCGUCGGCCACGGCGGCGGGAAGCGGUGCGCUGUCCCCGAGUGCACCAAGAGCGCUCGAGGCCGCACGAAUUACUGCGUCCGUCACGGCGGCGGGAAACGGUGCAAGUCGGAAGGGUGUCCCAAGAGCGCGCAAGGGAGCACCGAUUUCUGCAAGGCGCACGGCGGCGGGAGACGGUGCUCGUGGGCGGGUCCCGCCGCGUGUGAUAAGUUCGCGCGGGGGAAAUCGGGGCUCUGCGCGGCGCACGCGACGCAAAUGCAGGGAAUGGAGAAGGAAAAGGAAAUGAGCUCGACGACGGGAUUUACUGGUACGACGACAUCUUUUGGUUCUACAAGUUACGUGACGCAUUCUUUUGCGUUGCAGCAGCAGGAACGUCGGAAUUUGGCGCUUCCGGAAGGUCGGGUGCAUGGAGGGCGGCUGAUGGCGAUACUUAGAGGCGAUGCGGAAAUGGAGGAGGACGGGAUGAGUCAAUUGGAGGUGGACAAAUCGAUUCACAUGGCGCACAAAUGGGUGUGAGGGGAAGAUGAUUUCGACAAAUGUGUGUUGUGUAUAUAAGGUAUGCCGUUCUUCGCAGUAUUUUGUUUUUCGCCGUUUAGUUUCGGUUUGUCGUUAGUGUUUGUGUCUGCGAUAUAUGUGUGCUAUGGAUGGGUUUGUCGAGAACUUAGUUAGGUAGUUCUAAAGUAUGUCGAUAGGGAGUCGGUGUGUUGUGUGUAUGUGUAUAUGUAUAUAUAGGUCUUGUUGAGGCCGAGAACUGAUACACAACAAGUAUCUGUCUAUGGUAUUAUAAUGUUAUCGCGUCUUUGUUAUC